GAGACAGAGAGGGAAGAUAGAAUAGAGACACUAGCAGGUGUUGAAGAUAGGGAAAAUCAUUAAAGACCGGGUGGCACAAAACAACAAGGCAAUUAGGGGAAAGUGUGUUUAAAGGCAAAAGUAAAGAACAGAAAAGAGUCAGACAGAAACUCAAACAAUCUGAUUCUUUUUUAAUAAGCUGGAGCUCACUUAUUUUUCAGCUCUUUAUCCUCCUGGUUUCGUACGGAUUCUCCUUUCUCGAUCAUCCCCUUCUUCCUCCCGUUUUCCUCUCUGACAGACAGUGCCACCAUGGAAACUGGAAGCCCGAGGAAGAUACAGUUCACCGUCCCUCUACUGGACACCCACUUGGACCCAGAGGCAGCUGAACAGAUCAGAAGACGAAGACCCACGCCCGCCACUUUAGUGGCAUCCAGUGAUCAAUCGUCACCAGAAAUUGAUGAAGAUCGUCUCCCAAAUCAGCUGUACAAGGCAGCCUUGUUGAACUCCCCUCGGCAACGGCGAAAAGGGCAAAAGGGAACGCCUACGAUGAAAGAGCUACAGUUCCUGGUAGAGCACCACCUGUACAGGCAGCAGCAGGGAGCUGGGGACGAAUGCUCCUCAGAGAGCUGCCUGUCAGACCGGCCCAGCCCCGACUCGGUGCCCACGGGAGAGGAGCUCCCCCACGACGAUGAGGCCACUGCAGAGGCCUUUGAGAAACUGCGUUGCCAAAUGGAGGAGUUCUCGAGGGAGAGUCUAUUAGAGGCUGCCGGUGGGCUCGAGUGUCCCCUCUCCAAGGAGAAAGAGGAUUGUUUCAGUGUUGCCAGUGUAGCAGAUCCCUCAUCGCAACAAAACAAUGCACAAGCAGGUACAUAA